CCAUCGGAAGGUGAGACCCCCAGGUCGGAAGAUGGUCAAAAUGCUACUGGGGAGGAACAGAGGAUGAGCUCAACUAGCCCCAGACGUGAUGACGCAGCUAGCUCAAAGCCGAAAGGACGGCUAGCGGCCGACGGUGCUGGUGGUGAACGGCGAAUCCGAUGUUCUAAGGAUCAAAACACCAUUGGAACCUGGAAUGUAAGAUCUAUGAGCCAGGGCAAAUUGGAUGUGGUUAUUGGUGAGAUGUCAAGAUUAAAGAUAGACAUUCUGGGCGUCAGUGAACUGAAAUGGACUGGAAUGGGCCACUUCACAUCAAAUGACCACCAGAUCUACUACUGUGGACAAGAGGACCACAGAAGAAAUGGAGUAGCCUUCAUAAUUAAUAGUAAAGUGGCUAAAGCAGUGCUUGGAUACAACCCAAAAAACGACAGAAUGAUCUCAAUUCGAAUUCAGGGCAAGCCAUCUAACAUCACAGUGAUCCAAAUAUACGCCCCAACCACAAAUGCUGAAGAAGCUGAAGUAGAGCAGUUCUAUGAGGAUCUGCAGCACCUACUGGACAACACGCCUAAAAGAGAUGUUAUUUUCAUCACAGGAGACUGGAAUGCUAAGGUGGGCAGUCAAAUGACACCUCGAAUUACAGGUAAGUAUGGCCUGGGAGAACAAAAUGAAGCAGGACAUAGGCUGAUAGAAUUUUGCCAAGACAAUUCACUCUGCAUAACAAACACUCUCUUCCAACAACCUAAGAGACGGCUUUAUACAUGGACUUCACCAGAUGGACAACACCGAAAUCAGAUUGAUUACAUCCUUUGCAGACAAAGGUGGCGGACAUCUGUACAGUCGGUAAAAACAAGGCCUGGAGCUGACUGUAGUACAGAUCACGAACUUCUUCUUGCACAAUUUAGGAUCAGACUAAAGAGAUUAGGG